AUGCCCUUGCCCGCGCAGGCUGUCGUCCGGAGUUGCACCUCGGCCAGCCCAGUCGCCGCAUCCAAGCUGCGCAUGGUGUUUGAUUUCGACGGCACCAUCACCGCGCAAGACACCAUCAGCGAGCUGGCCGAGUCAGCCAUCGGCUGGCAAAGUCGGCGAGCCGGACAGGAUGCACGACCCGCCUGGGACCGCGCCGUGCGAGCCUAUCUCGACGACUACGACGCCUACAUGGCAGCUUUCCAGCCGUCCGAGCCGGAAAGGACGAGCAUCGACCAGGAGAAGCUGCUGCUGGCGGGCCUGAAGUCGGUGGAAGAGGCCUCGUUGACGCGAGUGUCCCAAAGCGGGCUCUUUGCCGGCCUCCAGCGACACCAUCUCGCCCGCAUGGGCUCCGAGGCCGUCUCCUCCGGCAGGAUUCAGGUGACGCGCGGAUUCAAAGCCCUCUGCGACGCGGCAGCCGCUGCAGGGCCGGGCGCGGCGCAGCCGACCGUUCUGUCUGUGCACUGGUCGGCGGCCUUCAUCGGAGGAGCGCUUGGCCAGCCCGGAGUCUGUGUCAUCGCCAACGAAGUGUCCGAGGACGGGCACAUCAACGGCCCGUCACCCGGCGCCUCCCGCCUGACAACGUCCGCAGACAAGGCCCGCGCCCUCGGCCGCAUCCUCGACGGACCCGAGCGGCUCGUGUACUUUGGAGACUCUGCCACCGAUCUGGAAUGCCUCCUUUGGUGUCGCGGAAUCGUCGUGGCCAAGCAGGAAGAGCGGUCGCCGUUGCUGAAGACGCUCGCCCGACUUGGCCUUGCUGUUCCUCACGUUGGGCAGCUGCGGCAUCACGCGGGCAAGAGGCUUUUCUGGGCCCGCGACUUCCAAGAGGUCCUGGAGAGCGACGUCUUGGCCCAUUUCCAGCUUGGCCGAGCACAGGACGAAGACGAGGACGAGGAUGGAUCUACAUGA